GCUUAUGUUAUGUUCGUAACAUUGGUUGCGCCUGCGCAGAACGAUUCUUCUAGUACAAGAAGGUCCGCCAUAGCGUGCUAACGUGUGAAGCUUAACUCAAACGAAGUUAAACGUCUGAAAAACCGAGUCACUGACAUGGUAUGCGCCUGAUAUUUGGAAGGACAAGGACAGCACUUUUGCGGAGGACCUAAGGCAGGAGCUAAGCCUCUGCAGGCCCCGAUCCAGCUACUGCAUCUCACUCUAGACUAGUCCCCUCGGAGACUGUCGUGCCGGAUAUAAGCUUUCGGGCGCUUGUAAGGCUCUCGGUUCACCAGGCUGCGGCUCUCCCUUUGGCACGCGCAGGGAAAUAUAACUCUUCGGUUCGGUUUGCUGAUAUCCGAGUUAGAUGUCUGGAAGACGAGGCUCCUCCUACCCUCCCCGCCACUCGCCGUACGGCGGUGGCGGCGGAGGAAGCCGCUACGGCCGCUACGAAGAACACAACAGCCACUACAACCAGCAUGACGGGCAGCAGGCCCCUCGCCAGCAGCAGCAGUCGCCACAUCUCCAGCAGGCGCAGCAGAAACAGCCCAUGCCGCCGCCUCAGCAGAAGCCACCCCAGAAGUCACCGGCUCCCCAGAAGACUCCUCCUCCACAGCAACAGACCCCGCCACCGCAGAAGCCGCCCGUACAGCAGCAGACACCGCCGGCAGCACAGAAGCAGCCCACACCGAAGAAAGAAGUGCCACAGACCAACUCCCAGGAGCAGCCUCCUGUCAAGAAGGACCAAAAGCCACCCACACCAGUCACAACACCAAACUCCAACUCCAAGCCAACUGGCGAAAACGCAGACAACUGCAAGCUGUUUGUGUCCAACGUACCGAACGUAAUGACCGACGAGAUGUUCCGCAAGAUGUUUGAGGAGCAGGGGGAAGUGCGCGACAUCUUCCUCAACAAGACCAAGUGGUUUGGUUUUGUGCUCUACAAGACUCACGACCAGGCGGAGAAAGCACUGAAGGCACUUGAUGGCGCAGAGAAGAAUGGUCGCAGGCUGCGCGUGCGCUAUGCCACGCAGCAGAAGCCGGAAGAGCUGAGGGCGGCACAGGCCCUGCAGGCUGCCCAGGCGGCGGGCCAAAUGCCCCCGGGCCCCUUCCCAGGAGGACAGGGUGGCUACCAGGGUGGUCCGGGAUUCCCCCCGCAGGGUGGCAUGCAACAGUCUCCUCAGCAGGGUAUGGCCCCGCCGCAGCCCAAGCGCAGCGGAGCUCGCUGUCGUCUUUUUGUGGGCAACCUUGCUCCCUCCAUGACCGAAGAGGAGUUUCGAAAAUUGUUUUCCGCUUACGGCGAGCUGGUUGAGGUGUUCUUGCACUCCCAGAAAGGAUUUGGCUUUAUCAAGUACGAGCAGCGCCAGCAAGCGGAGGCAGCCAAGACAGCACUCGACAAUGUUCCCCGGGAUGGCAAGUACCUGCAGGUGCGCUUUGCCACGCAGGGGUCUUCGCUGAAGGUGAAGAACCUUAGUCCGUUUGUGUCUAACGAGCUGCUCGAAGACGCCUUCUCCAUCUUUGGGGAAAUCGACCGCGCCGUUGUGAUUGUCGACGACCGUGGCCGCUCGGUCGGGGAGGGCAUCGUCGAGUUUGCGCGCAAGACGAGCGCCAUGGCGGCCCUGAAGAAGGCCACGCAGGGCUGCCUGCUGCUAACCAGCUCACCCCGGCCUGUGCUGGUGGAGCCCCUGGACCUGCGCGACGAAGAGGACGGCUUUCCAGAGAAGAAUGUCAACAAGAACAACCCACAGUUCCUCAAGGAGCGUGAGGUGGGCCCACGCUUUGCCGAGCCGGGCACCUUCGAGUUUGAGUUCUCCAGCCGCUGGAAGAAGCUGCUGGAACUGGAGAAGCAGAAGCGGGAGUUCCUGGAACGAGAGCUCGAGGACGAGCGCCGCAAGCUUGAGGAAGAAAUGGAGUACUACCGCUACGAGCAUGAGACCCGACUGCUGCGUGAACAGCUUCGCAUCAUGGAAGAACAGAGCAAGAUCUUUGCCCACGAGCGAGAAAUGCGCUUGCAGGAGCAGAAGCGCCGAGACGAGAUCCGCCGGCAAGAAGAAAUGCUCCUGCGCCAGCGUGAGGAGGACAUCUUGGGCUUCCCCCGUCGCGAGCAGGGCCAGGCACAGCACCCACAGCAUCCCCAGCACCCUCAGCACUCGCAGCACUCGCAGCUUGCGGAAGUGGCUGCUGCCGUUGCAGCCGUGGCUGCCCAGACCAAGCCCCAAGUGGAGGGAGCCACUUUUGUGAGCUCGUACGACAAUGGCGGCCGUACGGAGUUUUCCCGCUUUGAUCAACCAGCCCCUGGCCACUUCGGCGGGCCCGACGAUGGCCGUCGUGCCGUUGUCGAUGACUACGCCGACAGAGAUCCCAAGCGGCGUCGCUACUGAGCCAUCGUGCAGCCAAUGCGCUCUUUUAUGGGAUUUGUCUUUGUUUCCUCGUGCUCUCUCGAUUCUGUUGACAUUGUCGUGUAAUGAAACCAUUGUCGUCGUAAGUCUGCAUCUACAUGAUUUUGUGUCAUCCAUUAAAACAUAGCUACCCAGCA